AUGACUCAUCUCCUUAUUGCUGGAACUUCUGCUGCACGACCUAUUUACGGAAGAAUGACUACUUCCACAUUGAUAUAUACAAAUAAUGGUGAGGAUUUAUAUUUAGUUGAUUGUGGAGAUGGAAUUACUAACGUAUUAACACAAUUUCGUGUCCCUUUAGAUAAAAUACGUGGUGUUAUAAUUACUCAUUCACAUUCAGACCAUGCAAGUGGUAUUGCAGGGUUUGUUCAUUCAGUAGUAUUUGGAACAUCAGUAGAAUUAAUUAUUGCUGCUCCAAAAGGAAUUCAAAAAUUGGUUGAUGUUGUUUUUGAAUAUUCUGGUGAUAUAGUUCCUAAAACAGUCUCUUAUAUAGAUUUAAGUGAUGACAAAAUUACUCAUUUCUCUAUUAAAAAUACUUCAUUCACAAGUGUCCCAAUUCCUCAUCAUGGCUCUAUUAAAGGUCAUGGCAUUAUUUGUCAAACUCAUUACAAUAAUCAUCAAGAUACAUCAAUUGCAAUUACUGGUGAUACUAAUGACUCUUCUUUACUUGCUGAAUAUAUUGUUCAACAAAAAAUUCAAUUAAAUAUGUUAUUACAUGAAUGUACAUUUGCAAGUGACCUUCAUGAAAACGCUUUAAAAUGGGGUCAUUCUAAUCCUCAGUUAGUUAUUCAAACAUUAUUAAAAAUAAAACCUAAUAAAUGUAUUAUUCAUCAUUUUAGUACUCGUUAUUCUAUUGAAGCAAUAAAUAAAAUGGCUAUUGAAAUUCAAGAAUCGUCUCAUGUUCCAACACUUCCUGUAACUGAUGGGUUACUUGUUUCUCUAUAA